ACUCUUUUUUUUUUCUUCUUUUCAUCAAAACCCCAAAAUGUAAAACAAUCCCCAUUUCCAUUCUAAUCACCAGAAAAAACAGAUUUUCAAAAUCGCAGUUAUCAUCACCGACUCAGCCAUUCACUCACUCACUCACUUCCUCAGUCGCCGGCUCACUCCUAAGCAACGAUGGACCGAGAUUCAUCCGACGAAGACGACGAUCGCCAAACCUUAAUCCACCAAAAUGACACGAAGAACCUCCCGCACCAAAUCCCCGCCAGCCCACGCCCUUCCACUAGCCCAAGAUCAAGUUUCCACAUCGAAGAGCUCGAAUCGCAAAUCCGACGGCGUUUUAAACUCACCUUCAACAAACGUUACCUCUUCGCCAUUUUCCUUCCUCUCCUUAUCAUCCCAAUCUACUUCUCCACCGACAUUCGCUCCCUCUUCUCUUCCAACAUCUCCUCCCUUAAAUUCAAUACGGUGUCCGAUCGAAUCGGGGAAUCACAACUCCAAGCUCUUUAUUUGUUAAACCAACAGCAAAACUCCCUUCUUUCUCUCUGGAAUCACACUUUCGUUAACUCUAACAACAACAUUACAGCCGUCCAAUUUGAUGACAUCAAAGCCUCAUUACUCACUCAGAUCACAUUAAACAAACACAUCCAGCAAAUCCUGUUAUCCCCUCACAAAACCGGGAACUCCCCUCAAAACGGCACUCUUUUAGACCCCAACUUUGCUGGUUACAGUUUCGACCGAUGCAGAAAAGUUGACCAGAAAUUUGCUGAAAGAAAAACAUUCGAAUGGAAACCAAAAUCGAAUAAGUUCUUGUUCGCGAUUUGCUUGUCGGGUCAAAUGAGCAACCAUUUGAUUUGUUUGGAAAAGCACAUGUUUUUUGCGGCGGUUUUGAAUCGGGCGUUGGUAAUUCCGAGUUCGAGAUUCGAUUACCAGUACAAUCGGGUUUUGGACAUUGAGCACAUUAACGGUUGUAUUGGGAAAAAAGCUGUUAUUCCAUUCGAAGAGUUUAUGGAAAUCAAGAAGAAUCACGCUCACAUUGAUAAAUUCAUUUGCUAUUUUUCGAGUCCGCAGCCGUGUUACGUGGACGAAGAGCAUUUGAAGAAGUUGAAGUCGUUGGGGAUUUCGAUGGGGAAACUGGAAACGGCUUGGAAGAAUGAGGAUAUUAAGAAGCCGAGUCAAAAGACGAUUAAGGAUGUGGAGGAGAAGUUUGGUUCGGAUGACGAUGUGAUUGCCAUUGGGGAUGUAUUUUAUGCGGAUGUGGAGAGAGAUUGGGUUUUACAACCGGGUGGUCCGAUUGCUCAUAAGUGUAAGACUUUGAUCGAGCCGAGUAAGCUCAUUUUGUUGACUGCUGAACGGUUUAUUCAGACGUUCUUGGGGAGUAAUUUCAUUGCUCUUCAUUUCCGGCGACAUGGAUUCUUGAAGUUCUGCAAUGCUAAAAAGCCAAGCUGCUUUUAUCCUAUUCCUCAAGCUGCGGAUUGCAUCACUCGAAUGGUUGAAAGGGCCAAUACUCCAGUUAUAUACCUUUCAACAGAUGCAGCAGAAAGUGAAACUAGUUUGUUGCAAUCGAUGGUUGUGCUGAAUGGGAAGACAAUACCACUUGUGAAACGUCCUCCUCGUAAUUCAGCCGAAAAAUGGGAUGCCUUGUUAUAUAGGCAUGGGCUUGCGGAAGAUCCUCAGGUGGAAGCUAUGCUGGAUAAGACCAUCUGUGCUAUGUCGAGUGUGUUCAUUGGAGCCCCAGGUUCAACUUUCACAGGGGAUAUUUUGAGGCUCCGAAAAGACUGGGGAACUGCAUCUUUAUGUGAUGAGUACUUAUGCCAAGGUGAAGACCCAAACUUUACCGCAGGUGAGGAGUGAAGAACAUGCAGAAAUGGCAGGUUGCAAAUUCGCUUUAACUUGAAUUUUCUCAUGCUUCUUGCUCCCGGAGAUUGUCUAUUGCGGAGGAUGGUUGGUUUGCGGUUAUUGUAUUGUAGUGUAUUAUAAGAGCAUUAAAUUGAUUAUUAGUUUUGCAUCAUUCUUACACUGUGGUCGAGUAUGUUUUAUUUGAUCCAUUUUGGCGUUCAUGAACUUAGCCAAUAAACCUGAAUUGAUUUGUUGACUUUGUAAAUUGCAAUCAGUAGUUGGAGAAAAUACUUUUUGGAAGGAAGAGCCUGUGGCCUGCAUUUCUUCUUGCAAGGAAGAGACUGACUUGACUUUAUCAUUA